UGCUUCGGUUGGGGAAGACGUUUUUUCCGAUUUUCGGAGAGUAAUGUGGGUGUUUUCCGCGGCGCGGAUGUGAAAGUUUCUUGUGUAAACUACUAUUUAUUGGAAAUAAAAAGAAUGGUUUAAGACAAAAGCACUUGCAAUUUGUUGUUAAUUGCUGAAGCGUAACGGCAAAUACCGAGCGCAUCCAUUGUUCGUGUGUGCCAAAUCUACAGCAACAUAAGCUAUCAAUCAGUCAGUCAUACGUAUAGUCAGACAGUCAUUGAAUCACACAUGCACUUGCGAAUCAAUUGCACGGAAUACCUACAAAAACAACAAUAACAACAACAACAACAUACAAAUGUAGCAAAUCAAGAGCGUCGGAAAAGGUCGUAUUGAAAAUUUGCAUUUGCUCAUUGUAGUGAAAAAUCAUAAACAACAAUAACAACAAUAACAACCAACCGAAACAAAACACCAAAGGAUUCAUGUUUUAAAUACAACAAGCAAAUAAAGUGAUUGUUUUACACUUUCUCCCGCUGAAAUUGCAACAAACAUACGAAGAUCAUAAAAUGCACCAAAAAACAAUAAAAACACUGAGAACCACAAAUGCAAAAGCUGUGAAAAUGCCAAUGCAAGCCGGCAAUCGCACAGUGCAGCGCCAUACCAGUGAUCAUACACGUUGCCAUAUCUCCGGCUGGAGUGCGCUUUUUGUGCUCUUGGCCUUGAGCACUUGGGCCAGCCAAACGCAAGCGUUCGAUUUGGGCAACGAGUUGAAUCUCAAGCCGACAAACUACGCGGAAUGGAACAAAAAUGUCACGUACGUCAGUUCAACCGCCUAUAAUGCGCGUGGCAUGCAGCCACUUUACGAAAUCACACAUAAAAUUAUUUGGUUCUUCACCGGUGAACAUCCACUGCCAGAAGGUUACCUCGUAGUCAAGGAAAACGAUAUAGAAUUCGGUCCGAAAGUCGAACGCAAUGAAUGGAUUGAUUUAGUCAAACAUUAUUGGUUAAUAUGGCUAAUUGUCUUGCUCGUUGGCCUGCUAAUUGUUACAAUGCCAGUUGUUGGUUUAUGCUUUUGCUGUUGUCGCUGCGCUGGUGCUUGUGGUGGACGCUCGGAGCCGUUUGACAAGAAACACGACACCUGUCGCCGUGUGUUCUUGGGAUUCUUGCUUAUAAUAUUGGCAACAGGUUUGCUUUUCGGUGUUAUAGUCACAUUCGCAACGAACAGUUAUAUGCAACAGGGUAUUGAGAACAGCACAAAUCGUGUACGUGAUGCCAGCGUUGACACGCGCAAAUUUCUGGAAUCCACAUCGGAACAGGUCGAUCACGUGCUCAUCACGAACUACAAACAAUUGUCAAUUCAGCUGGACAAUAUUAUGCGCGAAACAUCGAGUUUCAUCAUAAAAGAGUUGGAGCAGAAAUCGAUGGCUGUUUCGCUCAUCUAUCUAACAGACUUUCUUGAAAAACUGCCAGAGCUUAGAUUAAAAUUACAGAAGAUGAAGAGCAUCACCAACGAUUUGCGCGUCUACGCUUCACAGUUAAGCGAUGGCUUGCGUGGCGUAAAGCGUGAUUUAUUGGUUAUGCUGACCAAAUGCAACAACAAAGCAUGUCAGGAUGUGCUCAACAAGUAUGAGAUUGGAAAGCUAGAUGCUAACGGUAUACACUACGAUCAGAUGGUAGACCGAUACUUUCCGAAGCUUCCGGAUGUAACAGAAAUCAUCGACAAUUUGGAUAACUUGAUAAGUAAGGACAUAGCCUCGGCUGGCAAGCGUGGACGUGAUAUACUGAACCAAAUGCGCGCACAUCUCAAUACAACAAUUGCAAAAUAUACACCAAAAAUCAUUGAUUCCAUAAAUAAAGCAGGUCAUGCUUUCCAACACGCCUCAAACGAAAUCAAAUUGGAGCUUAACAAACUUUCUCAAGUUAUUAAAGACAAUACUAAAAAGUACACCGGCGUAGCCGAUGACUAUUUAGAAGAAUAUGGACCAUAUCGCUUUUACUUUGGCAUCGCUGUAUGCUCAAUAUUGUUACUGAUUUUGCUUUGUGUGGUGGCUGCUUUGUUGUGCGGCAUUUGUGGCAAACGGCCGGACGGUUAUGGCGAUGACUGCUGCAAUAAGGGCUCAGGCUCACGUUUCUUGAUGAUGGCUGUAGCGCUGAUUUUCCUCUUUAUGUCUUUGAUUGCUUUGGUAACACUGGUGCACUUUUUGAUCGGUCUAAUCGCCUAUCGCGGCGUAUGUCUUCCAUUAAAGGACCCUCAAAAUGACGAAAUAUUCGCACAAUUCGACAAUUCGAUCGACUUAAAUAAUGUGCUUUAUCCACCGCAAAACAAAGGCAAACCGACCUCGGGUGGUUUACCACCACUGCGCAUUUCACACGUGAUCACCGCCUGCCAACGCAAUCAAACGAUCUACGAAGUGUUGCACAUACAUAAUCGCAUUGACAUUCACGAAAUUAACGAUUAUCCAGCACAAUAUAAAAUCAAUCAGACACUAGACGAUCUGGUAGAUGGCAUAUCAUUUGACGACAGCGAUAUCGAGAUUUUAAGUGCCGAGGAUAAACAACGCAUACUCAAUUUGGCCGAUUCCGCAUUGAAGAAUUUCGACUCCGCCCAAUAUAUAGACAAUCUGAACGACACCAUCACAAAACAUUCGUUAACAGAAAUUGCUCAAGAAUUGCGUCAGACCGCGAAGAAAAUCGACAAAAGUGAGGAUAUGAAAGAUGUGCAGGUUAGUCUGCGCAAUCAGGCAUUGCAUUUGGAGACCUACGAACAAAACUGGGUAAUACCAAUGAAGAAUCAAUCGGUGGAACUUAUACGGCUUGCCAGUGACUUAGAUCAUAGUUUGCGCUAUAAGGAUCGUCCAUUCCACGAAUCCAUACCGUUGUUGGUCAGUGAGAUUGAGCGUGCACAGUUAUUCUUCCGCGUGGACGGACGACAAUUCGUUAAGAAUACCGCAGUAAAUUUGACGCACUAUUUUGCCAGCGAAAUAGAGAACUACUUGAGAAUGGUUGUGGUGGCAGUGGAGAAGAAAAUUGGCUUAUGUGCGCCACUAGCGAAUGUCUAUGACUCUGGUGUGGUGGGAUUAUGUAGUGCUAUUGUAGAUCCAUUGAAUGGAUUCUGGUCUGGUGCCGCUUUGUGUGUUGUACUCUUUUUGCCAACGCUGCUGGUGGCAGUCAAAUUGGCUAGUUUAUAUCAGAAGUCUGACCCAUAUCCCGGUCCACUAGUGGAAUCGGAGUAUUUGUAUGACGCAUAUAGUGAACGUGAUCAUAUUCCAUUGGCAAAUGGGCCAAAGAACAAGCGCCGAAAGAAUAAAGACCGUCGACGCGGUCGUGAAUACUACGAGGAUCCAGUCGCUUCCACGGCGCACGGUGUGCCACCAACAGUCGGUGUGCGUGACACGCGUUACAGCGACAUGGCACCCAAGCAUUGGGAUGGCGGCCCACCGAGAUACCAGAAUCCACCAAUGGCACCACCUGCCUCCGAGUACGAACGCCCACCGCCAUAUUACUAUCCGGGUGCCACGGAGCAAGACUAAGUAAUACAGAUUGAGAUACAUUUUUAAAAUGUCGCCAACAAACAAGCAAAGAAAGCAAGCACCAACAACAACAACAACAUAAACAUAAGCAACAAAUGCAAUAACAACAAAAGCAGUGAGCAGAGACAAAUUGAACACUUGUGAAAUGCCUGUGCCGUUGCAGCGGAGGCGCGAGACGACUCCCAGCAACAAUAACAAAUUAAUAAUGUGGCAUGAGGUGCACAUUGCGUGCGUCCAAAAGUUAUUAAUAGCGUAUUUUCUAAAACGCAUUUGUUUUUGAUUUUGCUACUUUGAAAAACUUGUGGAAUUCAAAUUGAUUGCGGCAGCCGCGGCACACUUGCCCACAACACAACAGUUUUUCUACUCUCAAAAAAUAUAAACAAACAAUCAAAAACGAAGCAUAUUUUAGCGAAUAAUAAAAAAAAGAACAUUAAAGAACUUACAAAAAACAAGUGAAAACAUUUUCUUGAUUGCACAUAAAAAUACUGUUGGUUUCAAAAACCGAAAAGCGUGUGGAAAAGUUAUAGCUACAUAAAUAUAUAAAGCAAAAAAGAAAACAAAGGAGAAAAAAACGAAAAUAAAAACACAGCCAUUAUGCAUUUUCAUUCCAGCGCCCCCGACACCCAUACACACAUAUGUAGUAGAUACUCGAAAAUCGUUUCGAUAAUCUCAAGUAUUUUAGUUAGUUUUAUAUUGAAGUGUUAUUCAAAAAUAUAUAUGUGUAUGUAUUGUAUAUGUGAAAUGAGACUGUAUUUGUUAGAUUUUGUAAACACUUUUAAUGAGUUGAUGAGUUCAUGUCUCAUUAGCUACAUAUAUAUAUAUUUACCUAGGUACUCAGACACACACACACACAACGUUAUUUUUAAACAUGCCACGAUUCGUGUAUUUCAAUUUUAGUAAUAUAAUGAAAAUAAAUAAUAAUAUUAAUAUUGAAUUCAUAAAUUUUAUUAUAAGCAUUUAUAUAAACUGUAUGUGUACACCAUUCAAUUAAUUGCAAGUGUGUUAGAUUUUAAAAAUAUACUAUAUUUAUGUAUACAUAAAUGUACAAGCAAAGAAAAAAAAAAGAAAUAAUAACAAUUUGAAUUGUGAAAUGAACCAUUUAUAAUGAAAUGAACGAAUUUUUUAAUUAUUACAACCAAAUGUUUUUUAUAUUUACAAAAUAAAUGAAAAUGCUGUAGACGACACAUCGACGUUGCAAGCACAUCAUUUUUUACAUUAAGUUUAAAAAUGGGAUUUUCUUUAUUUUCUUAGCAAUAUUAAUGCGCAGCGUUGCUUUUUGCAAUAAUAAAUGUCACAAAAGUUGUAGUUUGUUAAGUAUGUAGCCGGAAAACGCAUAUUUGGGAGGAGUUUGCUGCAGCCCAUAAGCAAGAAAGCAAUAUGUUGGCAAGCGUAGCAAAUAAUUGUAGAAUUUCCAAGAAAAAUGUUGCAUUUAAAAGUGAGUUAAGGUGGUAUAAGGCAUGCUGAAGCAUAAUAUUAUAACAAUAGCAGCUAAAACUUGAAAGAGUUGCAAAACUGCAGGAAAUAUAAAAGACGUUUCUAAGACUGCGUUCACACGAGCACUCUUUUGUCGCUCAUUAUUGGCAAAAUCGCGUUUGAAAUCGUCACAUGAGUCCGACAAACUUCAGUUGAACAAUUUUCUGCAUUUUCUCAUAUCAUGGUGCACACAAAAAUUGUUGGUAAACUGAUUUUUAUUCUUAUUCACUCUUUUUUAAAUAACUUUUAUUGUGUUAUGUGUUUUCAACUUACAUAUUUGCAUAUUAUGUACAAAAAAUAGAUGUUAAAAUUCAAAUUUCCGAACAUAAUGUAAAUAUUAAUUUGAAACCGAGCGCUUUUGCAACUAUGAAUGGAAUUUAGUAGUUUAGUAGCGAGCUCUUACGCACCAGAACAUAAAGUGCCAUCCGAGCACGCGCCUUGUCACUCCUCGCCUACAAAAAUCGGUUUGGGCGACAAAAGAGGACUCGUGUGAACAUAGUCUAAGCUGUUUCGACUCAAAUAUGUGUUUAGAUAACACAGCGGCGAGCAUAUUAUUAUAUACGCCUAAAGUAUAUUGCAUUUUUAGUGUAUGGAGAGAGAGGAAGAGAGAGAGACGAGUUAAAAAGAGGGCAGGAAAAAAAUGUGCAUGAAAUUGAAGUUUUCAAUUAGCAAAUAUUUAAUAAUAAUUAAUAAAAUUAAAAAAUAAAAAAAAAAUUAAAAACAAAGCAGUCGUAAAUUUUAAGGAUGAUAUUUAUAAGCAAAAACAAUAAACGGAAAGUAAAAAAAAAAUAAGAUGAAAGUAAAAGAAAAUUAGACGAAAAUAUUAGAAAUACGUAGUGGAAUGGGAAGCUAGCUUGUAUGUUUAUAUCUGAGUGCAAAUAAAAAUUCGUACAGCGCAAUGUGCAUAAUUUUAACUUUGAAGAUUUGAGGUUAUUUUAGAACAGCUGCUUAAUUUCCACUAAAAGUUUGCUGAUGCAAUUUUAAAUUUUUCUCAUAUAUUUUAUGUAUGUGUGUGUAUUUGGUUAUUUUAAAUUUUCAAAUUUUUUAAAAAUGUGUAAAAUUUAUCGAAUUGUGUUAGUUUGUCUUUUGGGUCUUCAUAAUAUUUUUUUUUAGACAAGAUAUGUAAAUUGUUUUUUAAGUCUUUAUAAAAAAAUUUUCAAAACUUUUAGGUUAAAAUGAAUAAUAAAUCUUCAUAAUUUUUUUUAAACAAGAUCUGUAAAUUCGUUUUUAAGUCUUCACAAAAAUAUUUUCAAAAUUUUUAGUUUAAAAAAAGUAAAAGUUAGCUGCAGUCAAAAGUCUAAUUGCAAACAGCUGUUUCAAAUCAGCUGAUUUUUCUUUAAAAAUCUCCAAAAAAUUAUGUGCUAGAAGUAAAGAUACAUCAGUGGAAACUUUAAGGUUGUUUUCGUGGGUUAAAACAUAGUGUUUGGCUUUAAAAAUGAGUGAGCAUGCUAAAUAGUUAUGAAAAUAAUAUAUAUUUUUUUCAAUUUUAAAUAAAUAAUUUUCACUUUUUGUGUUUUGCAUGAAAUUGCUCAAGUAGUAAAUACAAAAAUGCGGGUGCUUUUUCAAAUGACUGCCGCGUUUAUUUUUUCCGCCAUUUAACACAAUAUAAAAACCUUGAAAUCACAAAUUAUUGAAACACAAUUCAAGGUUAUAAAAUAUGCAGAGGAAAAAAAUUAAUGAAGAUUAUAAAAAAAUUUCAAAUAAAAUCCUGCAAAAAACAUUAAAGAAUUAAACAAAAGUACCGUAACGAGUUAUUUGAAAGCGGUAAUAUACAGUAAGCAUUUAAGGAGCAUGUUGGAAGGUUUUAAACUGCCAUUUAAAAUUAAACAAAAAAUUAUUAUAAUACUUGAAUAAUAACUAAAAUAGAUUUUGUCCAAGAAAAGUUGUAAAGAAUAUAAAAAAAUAUAAUGAACACGAACCCAUGCGAAAAAUGCAUUUUAAAUAACGCAACUGUUGUAUGUUAUCAAAAUGAUUAUGUAAUAUUAAACACACUUGCGGCAUAUAUUUACAAACUAUACGCUAUAUAUGUUAAGCUAAAUAACUGAAAAUGAAUAAAAGCGUAAUAAGUAAAUAAAUUUGAAGAAAAAAAAAAUAAUAAAAACAAUAACAAAAAUGUUUACAGUGUCAAUAUUAACUUUGUUUUCUAGUUCAAAAGACACACAAAAAUUGGUAUGCUCACAUGAAAUAUAUACUUAUGAAUGUUCUAUUGUCAUAAUUAAAUGAAAAGACAAGCAAAAUGUUUAUUAUACUUGCUAUAAAAUAUAUAUACAACUUUAUUGAGAUUAUUAUAGGAAACAUGACGAGUGUCCCGUUACUUGUUGUGCGCAUUUAAUUUUCACUUAAACUUAAGUAAAUUUGUCUGUCUGCAACGUACCGAUUUCAAGUGACUGGAUUUGAUUUAAACUUGUCUUUUUUAUAAUAAAAAUAUUGUAGAAGAAAUAUUUUAUAGUGUGCUAUAAAAAAAUGAAAAAAAAUUAUAUUACUAUUAUACACAAUAUAACUUUAAAUAUAAAAAGAAAAAUAAUACUAUUUUCUCCCCUUCAGUUUGCUUUCUCCUCAAUAACACAUUUUACUCGUGACACCUGCUCGUAUAUUUGUAAGUGUGUGUCCACAGAGAAGUUGAAAUUAAAUGAAUUACACAUGCGACAGCAAAUCUAGUAUAAAAAGUUUUGUCAUUACAAACUCAUACUCACUUAAAUACAAACUUAGCUACUUGAAAUCACUCAAAAACUCUAAUGCAAAUCAUUCGAAAACAUAAACUAUGCACUUUUAGAUAAAAGACAAAUGAAAAAAAUGUAAACGUAAAUGUGUGGUGAACGGCUGGUGACAUAAAGACAUAAACAAUACUUGCAAAUGUCUCAUAGUUGUUGCAACAAAUAGAAUUUGCAAUGCAAAAACAAAAAGAAAAACAAGAAAUA